CUGGUUGUCAGGCCUACAGUUGCUCUUACAUAACACAAACUUUGCCUUUUUUUCCCGACCGCUUCGCUCGCGGUUAUUUCUUCCAGGACCCUCGUCAAGAUUCCCACUUAUCAAAACAUUACCAUGGCUGGAAAAGUUGUUCUGUAUUACUUUAAUGGGAGGGGGAAAAUGGAGUCAAUUCGCUGGUUGUUGACUGUUGCAGGGGUUGAGUUUGACGAAGUGCAUUUGACAGCCCGAGAUCAGUAUCUGAAACUCCUUAAAGAUGGAGAUCUCAUGUUCCAACAGGUUCCCUUGGUGGAGAUUGAUGGCAUGAAACUUGUGCAAACAAAGGCGAUAUUGAAUUACAUCGCAGAGAAACACAAUCUCCAGGGGAAAGAUCUCAAAGAGCGUGUCAUGAUCAACAUGUAUGCAGAGGGACUGAUGGAUCUCAUGGAAAUGAUCAUGAUGUUGCCCUUCACGCCUCCCGAUGAUUUGAAAAGUAAACUAGACAAUAUUAACACCAAAGCAAAAGAGCGCUACCUCCCUGUGUUUGAAAAGGCGCUCUCUGGUGCUCAGUAUCUGGUGGGCGGUAAAAUGAGUCUCGCAGACGUUGAGCUGGUUGAAUGCACCCUGAUGCUGGAGGAGAAGUUUCCUGAUAUUCUCUCUCAGUUUCCCAACACCAAGGCCUUCCAGAACAGGAUGGUGAAUCUGCCAGCCAUCAAGAAAUUCCUGCAGCCUGGCAGCAAGAGGAAGCCUCAACCAGACGAGCAAUAUGUAAAAACUGUUCUGGAGGUGUUUGACAUGAAGAUGCCAAUACUUAAGUAGCUUGCAGAGCAGCUGUGACACCCUGCGUCCAUUGCUCACACUGGGUGCGAGCACUGCAGUGUUUAUGACAUGUGGACCAAUUUUACAGGCUCAGCAUUUCCUGUUGUUUUGCAGAAAUAUGUACACAGCACUGUCACAUAAUGAAGAACAGUUUCAGUACAGUAGGGUACUUGCUAUGAAUUUAUGUCAUAAACUAUUAUCACAUCGUAUGGGUGGCUACUAGUAAUUACUACUAAAAAAUGUGGCAAAAUAAACUUAAUCUGACAUUGUAAAGUUCAGCUGUUGGGCAAAAUGGUGAGCUAUGUGUCCAAGAGCAUAAGUCACUUUGUUUUCCCUUUAAAUAGGAUUUGGAUAUAACCAGAACUGGUAUUUUAUUGAGAAGCAGAUCAUUUUAUUUAGCUUUGCAAGAGCUCAUGAAUAAAAUUUUAUAUUUUCAAACACUUUAA